AUAAGUGUAGUAGAUGUAAUUUGUAGUUUAAAGUGUGUAAUGUUUAAAACUUUUUAGCCGAAGGAAUGAAAAAAAGUAAUCCAAACAGUGUUAGCGUUUUUAUAAUCUCUGAAUAAUGUUGGUGUUGUUUUUUCAUCCUUUGUUAGACACUGCGAUGUUGUUGCUGGGCUUGGCAUAAAAAGAAAAAGAAAAUUGCAAGAACAAAAAAAAGAAAAACUUUCAAGGUCAAUAACUACGAAAUGAAAACUAAGAAAGCUCUUAGCAAGCAAGCUAUUAUAGACUUUACGGCUGGUUCUCUCGGUGGAAUAGCAUGUGUUUACACUGGACAACCUUUGGAUACAGUCAAAGUUAAGAUGCAAACACAUUCGGCGACGUAUAAAAACACUUUUAAUUGCAUUUUGCAGACGUUCCGUAAGUCUGGUAUUCGAGGAUUUUACGCCGGUGCAACUCCCGCGGUGUUUUCAAAUGUUUUUGAAAACUCUAUCUUGUUUCUAUGUUAUGGACAAUGCCUUAAUAUAAUUUCCUACUUUGCUGGAUGCAACGAGGAAGAUUUAAAUGCAAUUCAUGGCGCAUGCGCUGGAUCUCUAGCUUCUGUAUUCUCAACAUUUGCUCUUUGUCCUCCAGAGCUUAUAAAAUGUCGCUUACAAACCGCCAGAGAAGAACACGGUGCUUUAAAACACAUCACGCCUGUUGGUCUGAUCAAACAAACUUUUCGUCAAGAGGGAGUACUUGGAUUCUACAGAGGAAUGACUGCUUUACUUAUGCAAGCAAUCCCGUCUAAUUUCUUCUUUUUCGGUGGGUAUGAAGGCACUAAAUUGUUGCUGAUGCGAAGUGAAAAAGAAACACUAAAUCCACCUGCAUGGAAAUUGAUGCUGUCAGGUGGUAUGGGAGGUGUCGCAUAUUGGUUAUCCGUGUACCCUGUUGAUGUUAUCAAGUCGAAAGUUCAGGAAUUUCGUCAUUCUAUCGUGGUCUGGGCCCUACUUUAGUGCGUGCAUUUCCAGCAAAUGCUGCCUUGUUUUUAACGUAUGAAUGGAGCAGAAAGGUAUUAUGGGAUGUAUCUUCGUAGGCGGCACGCAUUUUUACAUGAAUAUGAACCGCCAACUAAGUAAUAUUAACCGGUUGACGAAAAUAGAAAAGCAUUAUUUUGAUUUUAUGUUUUUAUUGUUUAUAUGUUGCACGAUAUAAAAACUGACAUAUUAUUAUUCUAUCGAAACUUUAUGUAUAUCCAGACAACUAAUAAAAUUAAAUAUAUU